AUGCUAAUUGACUUCUCAAAGAAGAAGAAGCUCGUUUCUUACAAAGAGAAAACACCAAAAAAACAAAGAAAACAGACAAAAAAGGAAAAAACAGUUAAGUUAUCAGAUGUAGAUAAGUUAUUCCUUAAAUCAAAAGAGUUAUUUGAUGAGACUCCAAGUAUAUUCGCAGACAUUCCCUAUGAAAAUACAGAAAUUGCUGUAAUGGUAGACCCCUGCACUAAAACAUACAAAAACCCAGCCACGCUAUAUGAACAGUACAAAGACAGAAUCCACUAA